AUGGGCUUUUUCGGUUCUGGGAGGGAGCCUGCCCCUCCGCCGACCGUACCAACGGACACCAUCAUCCCUUUCCAUUACUGGGAUGACGACCACCAUACGCGAGGCCUCUCCUUCGACGUCACUUUCCGCUUCGAUGACAUCCUGGACCAUGAAAAGCUUCAGCGUGCUCUAUCCCGGUUAUUGGAACUAGGAGACUGGCGCAAACUCGGUGCUCGAAUCCGCAGGAAUGCAGAGGGAGGACUAGAGUACCACGUUCCACAACGUUUCGACGACAAUCGGCCUGGCUUUGCAUACUCCACAGUCACUUAUGACACAAAGGUGGCCGACCAUCCACAAGCAUCGCGAUUAGCUCAACCUCACCGUCUUGAUGCCGCUGGUCGCCCCUCUGUUUUCAAUGUCACAUAUACAGCUACACCAGAGUUCCGAUCCUUUAUCCGGACUCCAGACUUCCCCGAUCGCUUGGAAGGUUGGCUAUGUUCAGACAGUCCCCAGCUGGGAGUUCGCAUCAUCGCCUUCCAAGACGCAACCCUCAUGACCGUUUCUUUCCUUCAUAGUUUGAUGGACAUGAUGGGCCUCAAUGCCGUCCUAGACGCCUGGAGUGCAGUGCUUCGCGGACAAGAAGAUGAAGUCAAGCCUUUUGUGGGAUUUUCUCACGAUCCACUAGCCGGCCUCGCUGAGACAAAGAACAAACCGCUGCAAAAAUACGUCUUUGCCAACACGUUGCUCAUCGGUUGGACAUGGUUGGUGUUCGCAUUGCGGUAUAUUUUUACGGUUGAGCUGUUCUGGCAACACCGGGAGGAAGAACGGGUCAUUUUCUUGCCCGCAAAAUACUUGCAACGGAUGCGAGAUAAGGCGAUGGAGGAACUUGCAUCGCAGAAAACCAGCGACAGCGACAAACCCCUGUUCAUCAGUGAGGGGGACAUCCUAUUUGCCUGGUGGGCGCGCGUCGUUCUUCGAGCCGAAAAACCUUCCCCCAGCCGCACGGUUAAUAUGCGGAAUACAUACUGCUGCCGAUCAAUCUUAGCAGAGCUUGGUCAUAUACCAUCCGCUUCAUGUGCAUUGGUAACCAAUGCCGUAUUCGCAACUCUGACCUUCCUUUCCGUCCGCCAGGUUCUCGAAGAACCUCUCAGCUUCACCGCAUCUGAAGUCCGCAAGUCUCUGAUACAGCAACGGAACGCCGAACAACUCCAGGCACUGGACGCCAUCCAAAGAGAUACUCUCGACAACGCGCAUCAUCCAGUCCUAUUCGGAAAUCCCAGUAUGUACACGAUCAUGAUAUCUAACUGGGUCAAAGCGAAACUGUUCGAGGUUGAUUUCUCCGCCGCAGUCGAACGAGAAGGAAUGACAGCGCACAAGCGAAGUAAUCAGCUGGGCAGACCAUCUAGUAUCCAGGGAACCGGGACCAAAGGCUAUGCAACCCGAAAUACAGGCGUGGUGAUUGGAAAAGACGCUACCGGUAAUUAUUGGUUGUUGUAUUCUCUGCGGAAAGGAGUUUGGCCGGAUGUAGAGCGACAACUCUUAUCCAUGUCCGACGAAGAUGCGAUAUAG